AUGGAGCGAAUACCAACCAAAUCUGCAGUUAACUUGUCAUACAAAAUUUAUGGGGAACCAACGAUAUACCAUGAACCACCGAUACUUUUGGUACAUGGCCUUUUAGGUUGCAAGAAGCAUUGGGACGAUAUAGGGAAGACAAUAGUGAAUGUUGUAAAGAAAGCAGUUGUAUCUAUUGAUUUAAGAAAUCACGGCCACAGUCCACAUGCCAACUCGCACAAAUACGAAGAUCUCGUGGGUGAUAUCUUGAUACUGCUAGACAAACUGUCAAUAAAGCGAGCUAGUCUCGUUGGUCAUUGUAUGGGUGGUAAAGUUGUGAUGGGUGUAUCGCUUGCAGCGCCCGACAAAGUAGCUGGACUUUUGGUCGUGGAUAUUUCUCCGGUGUCGACCGCCCGACACUCAGAUUCCUUACCAGAAAUCCUAGUAGCUAUGAACAAUGUAGAUUUUAAGAAAGCUAAGAAAAUACGUGCAGCAAAAAAAGAAGUCAAAAAACAACUAAAACCUAUAGUGAAAGACCAUCACUUGUUAAAGGCAAUACUAUGGAACGUAAUAAAGAAAUCUAAUCACAAGAUUGGUUGGGCGUGCAACCUCGAUAUUUUGGUCAAACAUUUCAAAUACAUAAAAUCGUUUCCGGACAUAAUGAGAAAGCAAUCAUUUUACGGGCCUACGUUAUUCAUAGGCGGGCAGCUAUCGGAAUAUCUUCCAGCUGAUGAUUUGCCCGCAAUCCGAGAGAUGUUCCCCCGCGCGGUGGUGUCCUACAUUCCUGAAGUGGGACACAAUUUGCAUUCUGAGGACACGAAAACUUUUUUGGAAAUUGCCAUUGCUUUCCUGAAGACAAAUAAAUAAAG